GGGAAGGGGAGAAAAAAAAUAAAAAAAGUUAAACGGCCGUGGCUGGAGCUGCGCCGCGGUCCGCUGCUCCGUGCCCGUGGCCCCAGCGGGGACGCGAUGGACACCCGCGGCGCCGCGAGCCCACGUGCGACCUCGCGGGGACGAGGCGGCUCCCCUCGCCCGGCCACGCUUCCGGCGCCUUCGCACUAAACACCGACGGCGGACGCGGAACCUGGAACUCGGAGCGUGAUUUAAAUGUCGCUCUUCCAACCGACGAGUCGGAAAUGAUGGCGGAGGGCCGGCGCUGCCAAAUCCAUCUCUUGGACGCCCGCAAGUUGGAGCUGCUAGUCCAGCCCAAGCUGCAGGGCCGGGAGCUGCUGGACCUGGUCGCCUCCCACUUCAACCUCAAGGAGAAGGAGUUCUUUGGCCUCUCCUUCUUCGACGAUGCGGGCCAUCACAACUGGCUGCACAUGGACCGCAGCGUCCUGGACCACGACUUCCCCAAGCAGCUGCCGGGUCCUCUCCUGCUCUCCUUCGCCGUCAGAUUCUACAUCGAGGACAUCGCCUUCCUCAAGGACUCCACCACGGUGGAGCUCUUCUACCUCAACGCCCAGGCGCUGGUGCACAAGGGCCAGGUCGAAGUGGACACCGAGACGGCGUUUGCGUUGGCCGCGUACGCGCUGCAGGAGGCUAAAGGCGACUACACAAGUGAGGAGGAGGCGCGGGAGCAUCUCCAGGCGGCCGCGUCGCUCCCCGUGUGCGUGCUGAAGCAGCAGCCCGGCCUCGCCAUCUGUGAGAGCCGGGUGAUUGAAUAUUACAAGAAGCUCCAGGGACAUUCCAGGGGACAGGCAAUCGUCAAUUAUAUGAAAAUAAUAGAAGCCUCUCCAAGCUAUGGCGUGCACUUUUAUGGCGUGAAGGACAAGCAGGGCACUGCCUGGUGGCUGGGUAUCUGUACCGGAGGAAUCUUCCAGUACGACUUUGGCAACAGGGCUCAGCCCAGACAGGUGUUUCCUUGGAAGGAGCUGGAGAAUCUGUAUUUCCGAGACAAGAAGUUUUUGAUCGAAGUGCAAGAUACAAGGAGGCAGUGCGUCGUGAGCCGUCGAUCGUUUGGACCGGGCGGCGUCGGAGGCGGAGGGGGAGGAGGAGGGGCGGGCGUGGUGGUGCACACGUGGUAUGGAUCGACGUCUCUGAUCAAGUGCAUCUGGGCCAUGGCCAUCAGCCAGCACCAAUUCUACCUGGACAGGAAGCAGAGCAUGGCCAAGAUCGCUGCAGCUCGGAGCCUCGGGGAGAUGAUGUCCGACCUGGACGACGCCGGCUCCGUGCGUGCCGCUCGGCUCACCAGCGUCGGCAGCAAGAACCUGCUCAACAGCCGUCCCAGCUCCAGCAGCCUCUACUCCACAGACUCGGUGGACACGGAGGCGAAUGAUGCGGCGGCGCGCGAGAUACUGACAUCGCUGCGCAGUAAGCAGAGCGAGCUGCAGGAGCAGCUGGAGGAGCAGCUGCAGGAGCUGCGCAGGAUCUGCCUGCGCGAGGCCGAGCUGACGGGGAAGCUGCCCGCGGAGUUCCCCCUGCAGAGCGGGGAGACGCUGCCACGCGUGCGGCGCCGCGUCGGAGCCACCUUCCGCCUCGACGAGACCAAGAUCCGGCCCAAGGGCCUGGAGAGCGAGCUGGAGCGUCUGGAGACGGAGUUCUCGGUCCAGGAGGGGAUCGUGCAGGCGGCGCUGAAGCUGGCCAAGGAGGAGGGGCUGCAGCGCGCCACACGCAGGCGGCGCAAGGCCGACUACGCGGCGGCCGCCGUCAAGCUGCAGGCCCAGGAGGCGGCGAUCAACGCGCUGCGCGAGCGGGCGGGAAGGAGACCCACGCAGAGGGCCUCCGUCAUCGUGCCGGAUGACCUGAUUCUGUCGGAAGAAAGCUCGAUCUCGGACGGACUUCCAGCUGCCGACGACGACGUUUCGGUGAAAUCUGCAGUGCCCGCCGAGCGAGCGGUCACCCCGUCCCCGGCGGAGGAUGGCCGCAAGGCGCAGCACGGCUCCCCCAACGGGAUCCUGCACUACGCCUUCUCCACCCUGACGCUGCGCAGGAACAAGGGCGCGCGGCCCGGCUCGACGCGCACACGCUCGCAGUCUCGGGCCAGCCACACCAGCACGGACGAGUGGAAGGACCCUGGGCCGGACCGCGACACCGCCCCCUCGCCGGCGUCCACGCCACGCACGUCCGGAUCGAGUUCUCACCUCAGCUCGGUGGAGUCAAGCCCGGUGCGCUCGCGCUCCUUCUCGCACCAGCUCCUCUCUCGGCCGCUCGCCGUCGUCGGACGGACGGGCAGCUCCGACCCCGCCGCGACCCCCGAAUGGCCGGCCCCUCGCGAGCGAGCGUGGGCCGGCAGGCGCCAAGGAACCGCAGCCCCCGCUCCUCGCCACCAGCAGCAGCAGCAGCAGCACCAACACCGCCAUCCUCCGUCACCGCAGCUGCGGCCACACCCGGACAUCGUCGUCAGUGGCAGCGCGGGCCCCCUGGGCUGCGGCGGCGGCGGCGUGGCGAGUUCGCCCACGGCGGACGGCCGCUGCUCGUUGGCCAGCCGCUCCGGCUCGGAAGCCGGCUGGGCCGAGUGGCCCGACGGCUGCACGCAGACGCUGGGACGCUACCCGCGCGGGCGCGACCACCGCCAGUCAUCCGCCGCCGCCGCCGCCGCCGCCGCGAACGCCGCCUCCGACUCGUACGGCCACGGCGCGGGGCCGCGGGGCUCGCAGACGCCGGGCCCGCGCUCUCGCCGCGCCGCGCCUUCGCCGUCGCCCCCCGGGCUCGGCGGGGGGCGGCAGCAGGGCAGCCUGCGCAGGAGCGCCACGGCGCCCGGGCCCGGGGGAGUCUCCGGGCUCCGGACGCCCGUGCCGGCCGACGACGACGUCGGCGUGGAAGGGGGAGGCGCGCGGGAGCGCGAGAUCGCCAAGGAGAGGCUGAAGAUGUGGUACGACGAGAGGCGGCCGAUCGCGCGCAACCAGUUCUACCAGAGCCUGCGCGCCGAGCCGACGCACGGGAGGCGAGUGAGCGCCGGUUCCACGUGCUUCUACGUCAGCCAGAAGCUGCAGCUAAGCCGGGAGACCGUGGACCGAUGCAACGGCCUGGAUGUUGGCAGGAGAAGGGAGCCCAUGGUGUACUCCCCGGGCACCGGGGACUCGGUGCUGCACGCUGCCGAACGGAGGCAGGAGGCCACGUCCUCUAUGUUGACGACGCACGUCCGGUCCUACCCUGAGCGGUCGUCGUACCAAAGGUCCUCCGACUUGAGGCCGGAGCCGGGCUACGCGAAGCACAUCGACAUGGAUUCUGGAACGCUCGUUUGACCCCACAUGACCCCCGGACUCCCCGAGGAGGGGUGGGGGGGGGAGCGAGUGCCGGUGGUGCUCUUUCGAACUCGGCGGUGUUCCUGUCCACGGCCGCCACGCCAACGGCUCCUCACCUCCAAGCUGCCGUGAGCUUUUGGCUCGAGAGGAAACGUUCAAAAGGACUACGAGAGGGAGGGCGGGGGUGGCCGGUGGGGUGGUGGUUCCAGGAGGGCCCACGACGGCCGUGUCGGAGACACCAAGACCCGGGGUUCGACUCCACAGGCUUCGGCAGACUCUCACAAAACCAGCAAAAAAAAACAUAAUUGGGAAGAGAAAACACAAAAAAGUUUGGGUUGAGUUCAGACAAAGUGAUCGCCCCUCGAAGUAUUUGUCACGGACGUGGAGCGAGCAACUUACUUGACGACUCAACUGAAGGAGGUGCAAGUCCGGUGGAUGUCGGCAAGAUGAAGCCUUGAAGGAUCUCAAAAGUUUGCAAUGGCACAGCUGCGUGUCUCCCUCUCCCUGACGUCGAGACGAGGAUCUGAUUUGAGCUUUGUUCUGCGGCUAAAUGCUGAGGACCAGAAUGGGGGGAGGGGGGGAAAUAGCAGAAAAAACUGGAGAGUGUCAUUGACAUGGAAACAUUUGUCAUUUUAUGUUUGUUACCACACUGAGCUCAUCACGAAGCCAUACCCAGCUGCCACCUGCCUGCCUUAUUUAAGAUUAUUUUUUACUAUUUUCUUUUUACAAAUCGAGGCCCCUUCACGAUCCCUUGCGUUUGAUCUUGAGAAAAAGUCUUAGUUAUAAAAAGCACAAGCGGUUUCCAAACGUCCCUGAAAUUUGAAAACGCACACAUCGAUCAUCGACACAUUUUAAUCACUCGCUCUUUAAUUUCCCUCCCGUUAUUUUAUUUCCUGUAAAUAUUUACGUUGGAAGUCGGUCUGCUCGAUUGAGCAUGGUGGCAGCGUUCCUUGUUGGUGGCCCUCAGUCCCAUUGGUGGAAAUUCCACAUCCCUAUGGCAGGGGGCCAGUGUGUCCAUAGAACAAGCACUGUUGGCGUCCCGUGAAGUGGUACUUGUUUUAAUGACCGCGGAAAGAUGAUGGGCCGAGCCAACCCCAGGUACGGGAUUGUAACUUGUAACAUUCCAUUUUGGAGUCAAGGACUCUUAACCACCCCACCGACCGGCUGGAAUUCAUCAAUACGCUCUCAUUUUGUUCAAAGCAGUGCGAAUGGUGCAAGGGUUAGGGUUUGGCUACGUAACUGUUACAAGCCCGCCUGUAGAUUAAACUCGCAACAGGGCUUUGGGAUUCCUUGCAGUGGUCCAGUACUCAACAGCGACAGUGAAUCGGUAUCUUCAGGGAGUCUUGUGUGUGUGUGUAUCCUGUUUGAGCACAGGCACCAAGAGUGCAACACCUCAAGCUGCUAUACAGCAGCAGCAGUAGUAGCAGCAGCAGUAGUAGCAGCAGCAGCAGUAGCAAGGCAGACAAACAAUGGGCGAGCGAAAUGAGGGGCUGAAAGUUUUCUUCAAAAGUGGAAAAAACACAUUAACUCUUCAUAAUAAACAUUAACUCUGUCAGCAAGGGCGAGGAAGAGGGAUUGCACGAUCAGGGAAGACACCUGGAACGGCAUGCGAGUCGGUCACAAGCAGAAGAGGAAAGGUCACGGGCAAGGUCUGGAACGGGAAGUGAGCAAUGUGAAGGGGGGGUGUCUAAGACUCCGGCCACUGGGCAGAGGCGUUGUUAGCGAUCUAUAGUCACGUGGGUUAAAGCAUUUUAAAUAAUAAAAAAAUAAACGUAGCAGAUAACGUAAUAACAAACACGAAUACAUCUAAUACGCAUUCUGUUAGAGGUUAAUUCAAACUGUUUAAAAUAGGUUUCGGUGUCAUUAGCAGUAACCCUUUGUGGAAACUAGCAUACAUUGAAAAUAUUAAAUAAAACCUCAAAAUAAAUGCCUUGUGUUGCCACCAAACAUGUUUUUCAAGCCUUAUUUUAAAUUAGCAUUGCAUGCAAAAAUAAUUGCCAUUUUCAAAUGUGGCAUCUACACCGUUGCGUUUAAAUCGACAUUCUCCCCGAUGAGAAACUGCAUUUGGGCUUGGUUGCCAGGUUACGUGUCGUUCUGCACUUGCGUUUCAGUUGCACUGCGUUUUCUCGUCGGUCACAGAUUCGACGUGCAGCUGAAUCAGCUGACCUGAAGGCAGCUGCCGUCACGUAGAACGCGCUACCAAAGGGUCCGCUAACAGUGCUAGGUUUGUUCCUCAAGUAAUAAAAUAAUGACCGAGGUGUCCGAGGGGGCUCGAGAAGAGGCCGCUCCUACAUGAGAGCACCGAGCCUGGCACCACCACCACCACCACCACCGAGAUCUUGGGUUGUUGGAACGCGUGUUUCGGCUCUCCACCGUCACCACCGGCUCCCUUAAGCGGAGCGGUGGCGAGUUUGUUGCCUCUGCCGGGCGGUCCCAACGGUGGUGACAAGUAAACUAACAUGUUUACAUUCUCGUCAAUCCAACAUGUUUACAUUCUAUUCUUCACGAAAAGGUUUAAACAGUUGCAUAAGUGUUGGUUGGGGGGGGGGGGGGGGGGGGGUAAGGAAAUGUAUUUUGCGGAGGAAAAAGCAGGGAUUAUUGCGAAUACGAUGGUAAAGGUGGGUUUGUAAAUGUGUGGGUGUGUGGUGGAGAGGAGCCAAUGUCAAUAGCAGGGAGGUGCAUUUGAAAGGUGAAGCUAGGUUCUAUUUGGUACACCCUUUACAUAUUCAUCACCGAGGUCUGAUUUCUAGGUUUCUUGUUUGUUACUGAGGGAUGGACGGUGGGCCGAGUCAUCUCCUUGCCACAUGUUGAAUUCGUCACUUUUAUAUUGUCCCAGGAAACCCCGGCAUUGAAAUGUGAAAUUUCCACUCCGGGCCUGGGAGCGGCAAUGAAGACGGGCACUGCGCCAUUAUUUGUUCAGGGAAUUCGCUGGUUUUGCGUUGCAUUGGCAAUUGACGAUAGGUGGGUUCGUACAGCGAACUAGUUGACUGCAUGCAGUGUUGAUGAGAUUGGUUGCGGGUCUGGAUUCAGAGUGCAGAAAGCAUCAGAAGGUCAGAUAGAAAGGGGAGGUUUGCAACAGGCUGUACGAGCAACAGAGAGGGGGGCAAUCUCCCAUUGUGCUGUCAGAAUUGAGUGAAGGUAGAGAGAGGGGUGGGGGGCAGUGUUUACUGGGUAGAAGGCAUGUUGUGGAACUUGUUGUUUUUACGUUUGAGGAGUACAUGAAAUUGUAUUUAAUGUAUCGCUCUGGCUGUUUUACGGAAGUAAUGUUUCAGUAAUCCACAGCACGUUACGUGACCAAAGAAGGCUCGGUCAUGGUCCAGUGGGCUGUAAUGUUUUGUAAUACAUUUUACAUUUGCAGUGUCAUCCGUUUUACAACGUAUUGCAAAUAUAUUUGACAAGGGCAUUCCAGGAUUGAACAAUCCCAUGAAUACACUUUGCUGCAAAAUGCAACAUAGUCGUGGAUUCGGUGUGGAGUAAAAUAAUAAUAAUAAUACGCAGCGUUUACUUGGCUGUCGGUGGCUGUGGAGCCGCGCGGUCGCAGUCCUCGCCGCUGAAUCGGUGUCUCGUCAACGAGGCAGUCCCUGGGACAGCCGUCCUGUCGCUCCGGGAACCAAACGAGACGCAUGUUGGAUUACAUCGAGUCCCUUUUGGUAUCAUUGUUCACGAAAGGAGGCCAUUGUGUUUGCCAGCGGGUUUAGACUUGAUACUUUUGAGGCAUUUAUAGAAUUUUACGCUGUGGCAUGAUGAGAUUCUACUUCUGUAGAGCUGUGGAGACGGUCAUUGUGCAACCUAUGGAUGUAUUCGGGGCUGGAUGUAAAAUAACGAAACCCAUGAUGAUCUUGGAAGGACGGCAUUACUUGGGUUUCAUUAUUGGUGUGGGGGUAGUUUGAGAUUAUUUGCAAGUAAGGGAACUAAAUACACGGGUGACCAAUAGUGUCAGUUUUACACAACUGUAAAAACCCUCUUUGGUAAUACACUCGUGUUCUGUGUUUGCUACGGGGGUACUCACCUGUCUCUUAGGGGGGCGCGGGGGGGGGGGUGCAGUCUUGACAAAUCUGUCAGUCUUCCUGGAAGAUUAGUCUCGUUUUGGUUGUCAGUUGGCGCAAUACGCGACUCAAAAACAUUUGUGUGCAGUUCUCUCCCCCGCUUCUGAUGAGUCCCAUGAGAGGUCCCGCCCAGCCUCUGUACCUCCGAGGUUGCAGCAGCUGAGCCGCGGCGUUCGUAGUCGCACAGGAAUGCGUCGGUUCUCAUCGUCGGGGACGGCUCCCGGAGUCCCUCCGGUGUUGUGUGGGUGCUCAAGUCUGAAAUCGCAGACCCCUGAAGCUCCGCUCGCUCACAGAACACUGUCCAUAACAGUGCUUUGUUUGGGGUUCGAUCGAGUACACAAAAAGAUACCUAUUAUGGAUAUUGGUCGUGUCCCGUAGCGUGCUUGCACAGCUGCUUACCGACGAGGAAUUGUGAAAGGCGUUCCGCUUUCACUGUCACGCCAUUAGUUUUCGUUACAUAAUUUUAUUAUUUCGCGAGGAAGUGAAAAUAAAUAGGAUUUUUUUUUUACCCAACUGGAAGUAGACACUACCUCAAAUGUCAAAUGCUUGUUGACUGGCGUCUGUUAUCAAACAUUUUUGAUGAAAAUGUGUGAGAAGCUGUUGACAGGUUACCGCAUGGGCAACUCGAUUGGUUCAUCCUAAAAAGUACCGGAGCUGAAGGGGGUUGGUGCGUCCAUUGCCAGCCUGCAGCGCGUGAAGGCACUGCAUGGCACACACGUCCUUGUGGACUGCAAAUGCAACAGUGAGCAGCCUUAUUAACCAAUUAUCUUAGAAAUGGAACCCGAAAUCCAUUUAUGUGAUUUAUUGGUAAAAAAAAAAUGUGUUGAGAUGCAAAAAUAACCACAUCAGCGAGGAGUUGGCGAACUCAGUUUUUUUUUCAAAUUGACAUCGUUCCUCGCGGUCGCCGUGAUGGUAAAGCCACCGCGAGGCGUUCCCGGUGCCUGGCUUCUGUGUGUUGGAGAGCUGUGGGGGGGGGGGGCCCUGGCAGUCUGCAACCAAAGUCAAGAGUGUGUGACCAUGGAAGACUUUGUAACAGUGCUGUAAUACGUUGUGUUACACACGCUACUGCAGUAAUUGUAUUAGUUCCACAUCGUCCGUUGCUCACGUGCCCACACUUCGUGGCCGCUUGCUCGUUUUCCCAAUGAUUUGUACACCUGGCCAGUGGCUGACCGUAUCACACCCACACGUCAUCGUCGCUCGCCCUUCGACUGCUCUCAAUGACCGCCCUGGUUAAGAGGCCGUCGUGGCCAAAGCCAUUGAAGCCAUCCGAGAUCGCCAUCGCUUCCUUCCGCCAGAUCACGCAGACUAGGUUGCCACCUGUCCCGGUUUUCCCAGGAUCGCACAGCGUGUUUCAAGUCUUUCCGGGAAAUUAAAAGUCCCUGGUUUUUGUCAGUUGCAUAAUAAUACGCUCCUCAUGACGACGCAUUCACAUGCACCUGUCACCUCUUCUGGUGUUGAGAUUUUCUUUGCUAGAAAUGUCCCGAUUUGUAAGUACACUACUUAAUAAGAGGGGGCAAGCCAACUCGCAGAUGUUGCAAAGUUGACACUCUGCCCCUAAAUUCCCCACUCGCAGCCUUUCCACCAGGGCCUAGGCCUUGAUCAGCUCCAGGGCUGUCUCAGCAGGCUGCUGCCCCUUCUGUGUCCUUAACGUGUCCCACCGCCUCCCAUCACAAACUCCUCUAAUUAUACCCACAAUGAUUAGCUUCCACUUGAAAUAACCAACUUAGUGAAAAAAUAAUUUCGUAGAUUGUUUGAUGCAUCUGGCCACUGGGCUGUAGCUUCAUGCUAGUGCCUUGCGCCGUAGGCCUCGUUCAUAGGCCAGGAAUAUUGUACAUAUGCUUGCCAGUGGCCGAGCGAUUGCAAGCGUCAGCAUCUGGGAGUGAGGUGUCCCGGAACUUUUUUUAUUGCCCACAAUUUUGGAGCCUGAAGAUUUUACUGUGAAAUGUUCUCCGUUUGAAACCAAAUGAUUAAUUAACUAUCUGGGGUUAAGCCCUCCAUUUCCCAUUCUGAACACGUUAAAUUCCAACUCAUCAACAAAGUGAUAAAAAAUGCAACACCAGCUACUUGGGCUUGCUUCAUAACUAUAGACUUUUUUCUCAAAAUUUAAAGGGCUCGUAAUCUGCCGAGGCUUUAUAAACAGUAUUUAUUACUCAUCCUAAAUGCAGACCUGGAUGUCUCCAAACAAACAAUAUUGAAAUGGCUGUGUAAUAUAGUUCUGUACAUGUUUUUGUUGUUAAUUUGUAGUCUUAGUCUUGCAAUACUGUAGUUGCUUUGCUUAGUCACAUUCUGGCUUGAGAGCUCAGUACAAUGUUAACAUUGUCUAUAAGCAUGUUAUUUGCACAAACUCUUGUAAAGACAACAGUGUAAAGUGUUUCUAUUUUUGGCUGGCCGUGAACUUACAGUGUUUUGAAUUAGUGUUUUUGAAAUUAAACAGAACUUAUAACCA